AUGGACAAUGGCAGUGACCUUAUACACACAAACGACUACUCACAGCAUCAAGACAGAGAGUUAUUCUCAUCUGAGGAGGACAGCAGUCUCUACUUCACCUACAGUGGAGGCUGCAAUGUGCUGGAGGUCAAAAACCUUUGCUAUGAGGUGGAUACAGCAGCUCAGAUCCCGUGGUACGAGAGGCUGUCAGAGUUCAAAAUGCCGUGGGAAAUUAAAGGAAAUAAGCAGACAGCCAUCAACAAGCUGAGCCUCACUGUCCACAGCGGACAGAUGCUGGCCCUUAUUGGCAGCUCAGGUUGUGGUAAAACGUCUCUGCUGGACAUAAUAACUUGUCGGGAUGAAGGAGGCAUCAUGAAGUCCGGUGAGAUUCUAAUUAAUGGGAAGCACAACACGCCCCAGCUCGUCAAGAAAAGCAUCGCUCACGUCCGCCAAGACGAUCGGCUUCUUCCUCACCUCACCGUCCGAGAGACUCUCUCCUUUGUUGCCAAACUGAGGUUGCCCACUCACUUCACACAGGCUCAAAGGGACCAGAGGGUGGAUGAUGUUAUCGCAGAGCUGCGGUUGCGGCAGUGUGCACACACCAGGGUGGGAAACAACUACAUCAGGGGGGUUUCUGGUGGAGAGAGGAGGAGAGUCAGCAUAGCUGUCCAGCUUCUCUGGAACCCCGGUAUUUUGAUCCUGGAUGAACCCACAUCCGGUUUAGACAGCUUUACCGCUCAUAACUUGGUGAUCACACUGUCCCGUCUGGCUCGGGGAAAUCGUCUGGUCCUGCUUUCAGUCCACCAGCCUCGAUCAGAUAUCUUUCAGCUCUUCGACCUCGUCGUCCUGAUGUCUUCAGGUUCAGCUGUUUACUGCGGUGCAGCUCGUGAGAUGGUGCCUUACUUCACUGCUCUGGGACACCCCUGCCCACGAUACUGCAACCCCUCUGACUACUAUGUUGAUCUGAUCAGUAUAGACCGGCGCAGUCCAGAGCGAGAAGCCGAGUGUUUGGAGAGGGCCAGAGUUCUGGCUGAGCAGUUCAUGGAAAAGGUUCGUGAUACUGACGACCACAUGUGGAAAGCCGCUGGGACUGAUGUAGCGCAAACCGACAGCCCUCAGCAGCCAAGCAGGAGAAAAGAAGAUGAAGUAAUAACUAUUUCCAGGCAUGAAAACAGACUGCCAGGCAAACUACACCAGUUUAACACCCUCAUCAAGCGUCACAUGUAUAAUGACUUCAGAGACCUGGUCACCCUAUUAGUUCACGGCUUCGAGGCCCUCCUCAUGUCGCUGCUGGUCGGCUCUCUCUACUACGGGGCAGGAGAAACCCGCCUGUCCAUUCAGGACACCGUGUCUCUUCUCUACAUGAUCGGAGCUCUCACCCCAUUUGCUGUGGUGCUGGACGUCAUAGCUAAAUGUCACACAGAGAGAGCCAUGCUUUACCACGAGCUGCAGGACGGCAUGUACUCUGUGACCUCUUACUUCUUUGCCAAGGUUUUGGGGGAGUUACCAGAACACUGUGUGUUCACAUUAGUCUAUGGUCUGCCCAUCUAUUGGCUGGCAGGACUUAACAAGGCGCCAGACCGUUUCCUUCUGAACUUCUUGUUAGUGUGGCUCAUGGUUUACUGCAGCCGGGCCAUGGCUCUGUUUGUAGCUGCUUUGCUUCCCACCCUGCAGACUUCUGCCUUCAUGGGCAAUUCUUUGUUCACCGUCUUCUACUUGACUGCAGGCUAUGUUAUCAACCUGGAGAAUUUGUGGCUUGUGGCAUCAUGGCUCUCUUAUGCCUCAUUCAUGCGCUGGGGUUUUGAGGGCAUGCUGCAGGUGCAGUUCAGAGGCAACGAGUAUUCCGUCACCAUUGCAAACAUGUCUAUCAAUGUUGAUGGCAUACACGUCGUGGAGGCCCUGCACAUGAACCAGUACCCGCUGUACUCUUGCUACUUGGUCCUACUUGGAGUCUGUCUGGGCUUCAUGGUGCUCUAUUUCCUGUCCCUAAAAUUCAUCAAGCAGAAGUCCAGUCAAGACUGGUGA